AUGUUUGUUUCAGGCUUGGUGAAACUAGGGGUGCAUUGCGUGACCGGCAAAAAGGUCGCAAUCAAGAUCAUCAACAGGGAAAAGCUUAGCGAAUCUGUGCUCAUGAAAGUCGAAAGGGAAAUAGCAAUAAUGAAGCUGAUAGAACAUCCUCACGUGCUGGGCCUCUCUGACGUCUACGAGAACAAGAAAUAUCUGUACUUGGUUCUUGAACACGUGAGUGGCGGCGAGCUUUUCGACUACCUCGUGAAGAAGGGGAGGCUGACACCCAAAGAAGCGAGGAGGUUCUUCAGACAGAUCAUAUCGGCACUCGACUUCUGUCACAGCCAUUCAAUAUGUCAUAGGGACCUAAAGCCGGAAAAUCUAUUGCUGGACGAGAGGAACAACAUAAAGAUUGCGGACUUCGGCAUGGCCUCCCUGCAACCAGCUGGCUCCCUGCUGGAGACCUCGUGUGGGAGCCCGCACUACGCCUGCCCCGAAGUGAUCAGGAUAAAU